AUGUACGGUGUAAACUUGCUCUUUCUAUUGCUUAUGGAGGGGCUCAUCCUUGCUGUGUCGUACGUGAUGCUCUUCGUUCCACUGCUGUAUUUUGACAACCGUCAGCAAUGCGCCGUGUACGGCUCCGUCAUGACUGUCGUCUUGACGCUGUGGUCAUGUACGCUUCAUUUCUUCCGCAUUAUUCGUCCAGUUGAGCACCUCAGUCGCUCCAUUCGGCAGGCUGAAAAUGUCUUGAAGGGAUUCUCGCAGACGCCCGCCUCGCUGCCGCUGGAAGGCACGGCUUCAACUGUUUCUAACCCAAGGGGUGCAACAGGUUUGUGCGACGACCUUAUGGAGGAGCGACGUCGGGUGGAGGACACACUGCACAGUCUUCACUUCGGCCCACAGCCCUCAGUUCAUUUUCUGCAGGACCACCGUUGUGCCGUGGCGAACCUUUUGACGGCCUUCCUUCAAUGGCAGCAGGGUCUGAUAGACUUUUUGCAAAUGAAACUGAAAGAAGAGGAAAAGGCUCGCUCCUGCAACGAUUUCCAGAGAAGUGUGUUGUGCCAUGACAGUCCAGCUAACUUCGGUGCCGCCCGUGACAGCGGUGGGGAACGAAGGGGCUCGUUGCAGUUUCUUACUCAUCCGCAGCCGACUGAAACCGUAUUCAAUCUUGGUCCGCAGGAGACAAGUGCGCCACAGGGGCUGGAGGUGUCUUUGAAAAGUGCACCACUGGAACUCCAGUUGCCCAUGUCAUUGGCUUCCGUGCAGGCGACGCACGCAGGGGUAAUAAUGCCCUCUGCUGCUCGCAAGCCCAACGCGAGAAGUCCAGUGGUGUCAAAUCAUGUGGAUCCCGCAGCCUGUCUUGACGCGAAACCCAACGAGGAGUCCGUGGGCCGGGUUGGCACGCCACUGCUGCAGGCACAGGAAAGCAAGACCACUCAAACAGAAACUAUUGCCUCCAGGAACAAUUCCGCGGACACUGGCGUCACAACGCUAGAGCAAGAUAUUAUGGCAUGUCAACAAUCAACAGAUGAUACGUCGGUGGUUGAUGCUGUGAAUAACAAUUUGCUGUCCCUCACCUCUCCCGCUGGGGAAUUGAGCAUUGCAGCGGCUAGAGAUAGUGCCCGAGAAACCUUGGAGAAUAACGGUCCUUUUUUUCCAAGUCUCCGGCGAGGUGAACGAUUUGCCACAGACAACAAUAAUGUUUUUUUCUACUUGAUAGUCAAGCGUCAGCAGGACCCGGAGACAAUAAUUGGGUUUGAGGCGCGUUUUAGUUUCAAUAGCGAUAGACGCUCUCGUGAAGAAAACUUCACAAAGCUUCCCAGUGGGCGCGACACUUUGCAGUUUGCUGAAGCAAUGCCGUUUGAGGGGUUUGCUCUUAAUGCGAAGUCCAGACGUGUUUGUCUGAGCGAUGCGCAGAAGAUGCUUGCUGGGUUUCUUACGUGUGAAGUGGAGGCAGACGGUGAUGUGGGGACAACGAAUGGGACGUUGGAAACACGUCUAAAACGUUCUGCGCUAGUAGGUGAGGAUACCACUUUUCACGGUAGCAAUAGAGAACGUGCCUUUAUUCUCUCAUGGGCCGCUCUUCCAGAGUUACCUAUACGACUGACGACAUUACCAGUAAAUUUGUCACCCAGCGAGUCUUGUACGCUCCCCAUACUGGAAUGCCUAAUCAGUGAUGUACUUUGCAUUUUAACGUCAGCUGUUCUGUUUGUGGAGUUGGUUCGCGGUGACACUUGGGUGGAGCGUGCCGUGUCAGUGGAGCUCCAUGGCGUCUCUAUAGAGGACACCUCGGACGAGGAUUACGUUGAGGCGGCGGCCGUGGAGUCCGGCGCGCAGCUGUGCUUUGGAAUGUCAGUCACUGAGGUCAUCAAGCUAUGA